AUGGAUAAAGUCCUGGAAAGAGCUGUUUUCACGCAUCCAGGCGUGAGCAACGAUACCGAGAAAACCUACGAUCGACUUGAAAUCCUCGGAGAUGCCUAUAUAGAACUCAUUGCUACGAAGCUUAUAUGGAAAAGGUUUCGGGAAAUUCCUUCGGGGCGGAUCUCACAGAUCAGAGAACUCCUGGUGAAGAAUGAAACUCUCGCCGAGUAUGCGGCGGGAUAUGGUCUUGACAGAAAAGCCGCAGUACCACAGGACUACUUGAGGCAGUCAAAACGGUGGACGAAGACCAGAGCAGAUAUUUUCGAGGCAUAUGUAGCCGCAGCUAUCAUAUCUCAUCCAGUUGAUGGCUACAGGGUGGUUGAGAAUUGGCUGACACAGUUAUGGCUUCCAAAGCUGUCGGAACUUGGCAUUCAAAAACCCGUUUUGAAUGCGAAGGAACUACUUGCUAGAAAGAUCAUGGGUAAGGGAAUCAAAUUGCGGUAUAUUGAUGAACAUCCUCCAGCUCAGCAAGGCCCGGGGAUGCAGACUUUCUUCGUCGGGGUAUAUCUUACUGGAUGGGGUUGGAACAAUAAACAUCUUGGAUCUGGCCAGGGUCCUAACAAGACCAUCGCAGGGAAUGAAGCAGCACAUCAAGCUCUAUCGAAUGAGCCAAUGGUAGAGGAGAUUACUUGUGCCAAAAGAGCUUAUGAAGCAGCCAAAGAUUAA